AUGGCUAAAACUCGGGUUGCUCCAUUGAAGAAGUUAACGUUACCUAGGUUAGAGCUAAUGGCGGCAGUAAUUGGAUCCCGACUCAGUAAACACCUGCAGCAAAACACCAGCAUAACACAGAUAUACCUUUGGUCAGACAGCCAGAUUGUGCUUUCUUGGCUUCAGACGCCUAAAACCCUUCCACGAUUUGUAAGGAACAGAGUGAUUGAAAUCCAGGCGCUGUCCGAAAACCGGAAAUGGAAUUAUUGUCCGACGAAAGAAAACCCUGCCGAUUUACUUACAAGGGGAAUCUCUGUGACUCACUUCAAGAACAGCAAUCUAUGGUUUCAUGGACCUACAUGGCUUACCACACCCGACAGUUGGCCAGUUUGGCAAGAAAAAGAUACUUACGUUACCAUGACAACGUUUAUUGACCCAGCAACCAAGCCAAAAGAUACAAUUUUACCAUUAAGCAACAUCAGUUUCAUAGACAUGUCAAGAUUCAGUUCCUUAAGAAAACUGCUCAGGGUUACAGCUUAUGUCCUGCGUUUUAUAUUCAAGUGUCGAGGCGGGAGUCAUACUGGAAGAUUAGACUUUUUAACUACAGACGAACUACUCAGAGCUGAGGAGGUGUGCAUAGGAUGUUGCCAGAUGUCCAAAUAUCAAGCAGAAAUAGAAGAUACAAAAUCAAAAAGAAACAAACUUCCAUUAUGUAGACAACUUCAGUUAUUCUUAGACAAUGGCAUAUUAAAGUGCCGUGGUCGUAUCCACAAUGCUCCAUUAGACGAGCUGACCAAAUUCCCGUACCUACUACCAGCUAAGCAUCCUUUUACAAAGUUAGUUGUCAACGACGCACAUUCCAGAUUAUUGCAUGCCGGCGCUAGUUCAACUAUUACGUUCUUAAGACAGAAGUACUGGAUUCCUUCGAUUCGUCAAACUGUUAAAAACAUAUUACGUAAAUGUACAUGUUGUGUAAAGGUUAUUGGGAAACCCUAUUCAGCACCUGACCCACCUCCAUUACCAAAGUGUAGAGUUUCUGACGUCAAACCCUUUACUUAUACAGGAGUAGACUUCUCUGGAGCAUUACUGGUUCGGGAUAGUAACAAAAGAGACAUAAAAGCUUACUUAUGCUUGUUUACAUGUGCUACUACGAGAGCAGUUCACCUAGAACUUGUUUCAAACUUAUCAGCAGAAUCAUUCCUACAAGCUUUCCGACGUUUCUGUAGCAGAAAAUCUGUCCCUUAUGUCAUGAUGUCAGAAAACGCUAACACCUUCAUAUCAGCCUCAAAACAACUGAGAGAUUUGUUUCACUCACUCACAGUUAGAGAAGAACUCAACAACAGAGGAAUUGAGUGUAAUAUGAUACCUAAACGCGCCCCUUGGUUUGGUGGAAUGUGA